UCUAACUAUCAGUCAAGUGCAAACCAGUAAUCGUUAAAGAUGCGUAUUUUAACAGCAGUAACUCUGUUGUUGAGUGCAAUCUUCACUCAUGCCGAUGAGAGAUCAAUAGAAGGCAAGUUAAUUGCGGUGACUGGUGGGGCAGGAUCUAUAUGCAGCGCGAUCGCUAAAAAGUUCCUGGAACAAGGCGCAAGGUCUGUAGUUCUUAUCGACAUCAAUUAUAGGAAAGGUGAGGAAGUUAAGAGCAGACUUAACGAAGAAUUUGGCGAGGGAAAGGCAGACUUCAUUCAUGCCGACGUUACCACAGACUUGGUUAGGGUUGUUGAAGAGGAGGUGCCGAAAUAUGGAAUCGCCGACGUGUUGGUGAACUGCGCCGGUAUUCUUAACGAAUACGACGCCAGAAACGUUAUGGAAACUAACGCCUUGGCGACCAUUGAAUGGUCCGAUGUGAUGUAUGAAAUGUCUAGAGCAGACAAAGGAGGCAAAGGCAGUACCAUCAUCAAUAUGUCAGACAUGUACGCUUAUAACGUCGAUGGUUACGUUCCUAUUUACACGGCUGCUUCGGCCGCAACAACGGCGUACACCAAGGCAAAGGGUCACCAAAUGAAUUAUCGCCAUUCAAAAGUGAGGAUGUUCUCUAUACAUCCGGGCUUCACUGAAACUCCGAUGACAGCUGGCCAAAUGGAGAUCGCUGAGAAGAAUGAUGACUUCGUGAAGUACUCUAAAUCUUGGGCAUGGCAGACUUCUGAUGAAGUUGCUGAUGCGCUUAUGGGCCUGUUCCCGGUAGCCGAGUCUGGCGCAGCUUAUACCAUCGAUGCAGGAAAAUACUUCGAAUCCCCAGCUUCAGAGUACCGCACUGUUGAGUACAUUGAUAGCAUACUGCACAAGUAGUUACUGAACUCUAAUCAGAGUUAAUUUUGGGAUAUACACGCAUAGUUAAGGGUUAGAUUUAGAGUAUUUUCAAUUUAUUCAAUAUUUUUUCUAAAUUAUUUGAAUAAACAAUUUUUGAUUCCUGCAAUCUG